AUAUUUAACAAUGCACUUUCAUGAAUCAUUGCAAGUUACCUGGUGCUGUGUUAACUACCUGUCUUAUCGAAGCGAAAAUGUGGAAAUGUUGCUUUGCAUGCCUCAAACAGAAAGGCGACCGUUCAUCGAGGGACACUAUGGAAAUGGAAAUGAAACACGAUACAAAUAAUGGCGAAACAAAAACAGGCAAUGAGAACUGGAACUCAUUACGGCAAAAAAUGUCUUACUACCCUUACCAGAAAAUGAAUGAAUUCACUGCCAGACCAACCGGUGAACAGGCACCAGUAGAAACUGAUGAAGGAAAUUCAACCGAAAGAACCGAGAACAAUCUACCCGUUAUUCGCAAUGAAUGUAAUCGGAGGUCAAUAUCGGAUACUCCCAAUAUUUUACAUACGGGUUUAUCUAACCUAAGAGAAGGAGGUUUUUGAAAAUGGAAUGAAAGAAUAUGUGAAAUUAUAUUAAAUAGCGUACAUAAUAAAAUUAGUUUGUAGGAAAUUAUUGGAAAAUGUGAUCAAUUAAAAAAUCAAUAAAACUUCUUCAGUGACAAUAA